AUGCCUUCAUCCAUUCAUAAUCAGAACGAGCCGCUCCUUCCUGGAAAACUUGCCAACGAGCGUGAACCCAUGAACGCAAGAUCCGAUGUAGUAAUCAAAGCUCUUGCUCUCCUUCGCAUUGGUUUCGGAGUAAGUUGCUUACUUGCGCCACGCUUCACCUUUGGACUAUUUCGGAUAGACGUACCUGCAGCUUAUGCGGUGUUGCCCCGUCUGUUUGGUGGCAGAGAGAUUAUGCUAGGAGAAUUACUUUUGACUGCUGGAAACAACAAACUGCCAGAUGGUGGCAGGCGCGAGAUCAAAAGGGCCUUAUGGGCUGGAAUAGGCGCGGACAUAAUCGAUUUUGGUUGUGCCCUCUUUGGUUCGGCAAUCGGAACUUCGAGCAAGGCUUCUACUGCGCUUGUGGCAGGCGGCGCUGUCGUGUCCAUAAUUGUGGGAGCUGUGGGUAUGCGUGGCCUAUAA